GUCCACCUUCCACCUUCCACCUUCCCUCGUUAUCCAUUUGUUGCUUGCAAGUGCCUAGUUCUAUAAAUUCUUAACCUACGCACCCUUUGCCUCAUUGUUUUUUCUCUUCCCUUUCUUUAACCUCUAGAUUCCCCCCAAUGGAAGUCCUGGUGGGACCUACCUUCGGCAUCGAUGUUGCUGCUUCGCCGGCGUACUCUCGGGACCGGCCUAAGGACAAGAUCUCUUCGUCUGCUUGCCUGUUUAUCAAGGAGGAUGAGGUUGGUGGUGGAUCGGAUCCCAGGACUCCGGAUCUAUCCUCCGACAGUUCCUCCUCGAUCGGAUCUCCCGGAGACAGCGAUGUCGAAGACGAAGAAGACGGCAUCGUUUCAUCUGCGGGUUUGGCUUCUCUGGCUACCAUAGAGGACUCUCUUCCCAUCAAGAGAGGGUUGUCGAAUCACUAUGCGGGAAAAUCAAAGUCAUUUGGAAAUCUUUCGGAUAUUAGUUCAGUGAAAGAGGUGCCGAAAGUGGAGAGCCCCUUCAACAAAAGGAGAAGAUUGUUGCUAGCAAAUAAAUGGUCGAAGUUCAGGAAAUCAUCAUUCUAUUCAUGGCAAAACCCAAAUUCCAUGCCCCUUCUUGCUUUGGUUGAAGACGAUGAAGAUACAGAGAUUAAACAAACACCAUCGUCGCCCGAUGAUCAAAUAACAUCAGUAAAGCCAAAGUUGCAGCAAAGCAAUCUGAGAGCUAGUUUCAAGUCCCAAAGUUGUUUUUCUCUCACAGAUCUGCACGUACAAGCGGAAGAAGAACAUCACUAACGCUUUUUCUUCAUUUUUACCGUCGAAAUGCUUUAAGAUUUAGAGUAGCUCAAUAUUUUUUACUGGAUACAACUGUAUAUAUAAAAAAACUUUUUUUAUAUAAUUAAAAUAAUUUCCGCCUAGUUUAUUUUAA